AUGUGUCUAAACGAAAGGGGUCAAGGUAAAACAGUGACGUUACAGGGGGCUGAGGUGAAGAAGGUGCAGGAGUUGAAGUACCUGGGUUCAAUAGUUCAGUGUGAUGGGGAGUGUGGAAAAGAGGUGAAGAGGCGAGUGCAGGCAGCGAUGGAGAUGAUGAAGGACGUUAAACUGUGCUUUCCACUGCUCAACACUUCUUGCAAAAGGCACAGUCGCACUCACACUGAGGCAAUGCUCAUUUACACUCUGCUACCAUCCAUGUCUGUGCUCACUGCAGUUCUCAACCUGCUGGUCAUCAUCUCCAUCUCUCACUUCAGGCAGCUCCACACUCCCACCAAUCUCCUCCUUCUCUCUCUGGCUGCCUCUGAUUUUCUUGUCGGUGUCAUUGUGAUGCCGUUUCAGAUCCUUUUUGCAGAACCCUGCUGGUUCCUGGGUGACCUGAUGUGUGUUUUGUGUAAUGUUGUAAACUUUAUCCCUGUCUCUGCAUCAACAGCAAACAUGGUGCUGAUCUCAGUGGACCGUUAUGUAGCCGUCUGUCACUCUAUGAGUUACCCCAACAAAGUUACAGAAGAAAGAGUUCAAAUUUCUGUACUUCUGUGUUGGGUUUCCUCUGUUCUCUACAACAUAUUGUUUCUAUUUGAUAACCUAAAUCAACCAGGCAGGUUUAACUCCUGCUAUGGACAAUGUGUGAUUAGAGUCAAUGGAGCCGCUGACAUGGUUUUAAGUUUUAUCAUCCCCAUAUCAGCCAUCAUCAUCCUGUAUGUGAGGGUGUUUGUGGUGGCUGUGUCUCAGGCUCGUUCCAUUCGCUGCCACACCAAAACUGUGAAGCUGAGGCGUUCAGGGACUGCGACUGUUCAGAGGUCAGAGCUGAAAGCAGCCAGGACUCUGGGUGUUAUUGUAGCUGUGUUUCUUAUAUGUUACUGCUCAUAUUAUUGUGUGUCUCUCUCUGGCCCUGAUCUUACGGUCAGUUCACCCACUGUCCUCAUGGGUUUCCUAAUUUAUUGUAAUUCCUGUCUCAAUCCUGUGAUUUAUGCUUUUUUGUAUCCCUGGUUUAGAAAAUCAGUCAAACUCAUUGUUACUCUUCAGAUUUUAAGGCCUAACUCUUAUGCGGGUAAUAUUAUUUAGCCCUUAGGAGCAACUAUAUGCUGUGUUCAGAGCUCCACAGUCACAGAAACACUGUUCUUACUUGUUUAUGUUUCCUG